UCAUAAGGUGAUUCGAUCUCAUCGGUGGAGAAAUCAUCCAUCCAUUCAUUCUUCUUUUAUUAUCAUUCAUUAUGUGAAUUCAUCAUUUCAACACUGUUUUUUGUGUUUCUGAGUUUUACGCAGAGGCCUAACUUCUUCGGAGGAUGUACCGUUAUGUUCCGUGCACUUAAUCUACAUAUUUGUGACGUCACAGACACAUGAACCUAGGUUACUUUCGUUUUCGCUGGAUAUCCGAGGAUUUUCGCCGCUGGAACCCGUUUUCUGGACGACGCUGGACCAGUGACUGUUUUCCAAGGAUUCUGUGAUCUUAUUUAACUCUUAAUCUUUAUAUUUUCAUUGUGUUUGUUUAAAUUGCAUACAUGUGAUAUUGUUUAUUUUCAUGUGCAUGGUGUGAAAGUUGCAUGACUGCCACGAGUGUGUAAAAUUUCUUAAAGUUUAAAGUAAAAGUUAAACAGUUAAAGUAAGUAAUUAAUAGCAAUACAGUUAUUGACAUUCAUAACAUCCCCGCAUGUCUCUUAACAAGAUGCACUACUAACAACAAGUACGUAAUCACGAUUGUGUUUUGAAAGAUAGAGGAAAUUCGAGUUAGCAGGUGCGAGGUGAGAAAUAGAGUAUAGCUGUUGUCAGGAGAACCUGGUAGUAAAAUUAGGUUUCAUAUUCAUUUCAGCUCAUAUCAUCAUCAAAUCAUAUCAUACAAACCUGUCAUCAAAUAUUAACCAGUUUAAUUGAAUUUUUGUGUUUUGCAGGUGCUACUUGUUACAGUGUACCUUUUGACAGCUGAUUUAUCUGAUUACUUUAACAUGAUCUUUACUUAAUAAUUUGUUGCAGGUAUUCAAAUUCUUGCAGGAAAAGAAGAAGUGAAAGCAUUGUUUAUUUUCAUAUAUAUUCAUUAUUUAGUUUAUUUGUAUUUAAUUGUAAAUUUUCCUUUGUUCAUCUAGGUAUAUAUGAGCAACAGCAAAUUAUUGAAGUAUUUAGAAAGACUAAUUAUAUCUAAAUCUGUAGUUAGUAGACCAAUAUUAAUUAGUCACAGUAAGGGUUACUACUUAAACAAACAUUUAGAUUUGUUGAAAAUUAGUAGAGUAUUUGUGCAGUUUGAAUGUAGACCAGGAGCUCGUUUCGCAGAUUUCUAUCCGUGGCUGAAAAGAAACUUAGCGGGUCUUGUACAGCAAUACGGCCAGAUUACGCUCUAUAUUUGGCUUGGAACCUGUGAUAUAACCCAAAAGUCAGGAAAAUAUAUUGAUUUAAGGGAAAUUAGGAAAGUGCAAGAGGAGAUAACAUCACAAAGGAGUACUGGGACAACAAAGCAAGAAAGACAGGCAUUUCAACAGGCAGAGAGAGAGCAGAGACUACUACAUCAUCAACAGACCUACAGAAAGAAAUACAGACAAUGGUAAGGACAAUGGAAAGGUUAGAACGGAUAAUUGACAGUAAUGCAAAAAGU